AUGGACAAUGAUGACUGGGACCUCCAUGCGGUGGUGAGGGGCUACGCCUCGGCCGCGGCCACCACCCCCGCCAGCCCUUCCACCGCCGUCGGCGGCGGCCCCGAUUUUCCGAGCUUUUCGCCUCCGGCGCCCGACCAAGUCUCGUUCGACUUUCUCACGGGUGAAGUGGGCGCCCCUUUCCAGGGCUUGCAAGAAGCCUACCGAGAACUAUGCGGCGACACGCCUCCACCGCCAGCUUCUCCCGCCGGCGCAGCCAGUGGGGUGUGGCCUCCGGCCGCCUAUAAUGUCUUUCAGCCGAGUCAAGAGGUUAUGGAGAUAAGAUUGCCGCCACUCGUAAUGAAUAAUGUGCAGAUUCGUGAAAGUAUACAGUUCGGUAAGCCGGGAUUUAUUGGUGGCUCGUCGGCUCAUAAUUUUCCGGCUACCAACAUUAAUCCUCAUCCCAUUCGGCAACGGAGAAGGAAAAACCAGCAAAUGAAAGUAGUUCGCCAAAUGACGCAAGAAGAACUGUCGGCUGACUCAUGGGCAUGGAGAAAAUACGGUCAGAAGCCGAUCAAAGGUUCUCCAUUUCCAAGAAACUACUACCGGUGCAGUACAUCCAAAGGCUGCGCCGCCCGAAAACAGGUGGAGCGCAGCCCAAACGACCCCGGAAUCUUCCUCGUCUCCUACACCGGCGAACACACCCACCCACGGCCGUCUCACCGGAGCUCCCUGGCUGGAAGCACCCGCAUCAAGCUCUCGUCUCCGCCUUCCACUGCCGGGAAAGGCGACUACCGGCUCCUACGCGGCGGCGGCGGCGGCCACCAGCACAAGGGCCUGGUGAAUAUCUCCUCAUCUUCCUCGUCUCAUGCGGGCUUCUCGCCGGCCGAUCCGGAGAAUGAUGACGUGGCAGGCAAGAAGGAGGCUGCCGCCGGCGGGGAUGACGUAGAUAUUUUUAUGACGAGCCCGUUGUGCGCGAACAACGACAACGUGUUCCAAGAAUUUCGUGAUUCAGACGAACACUCUAGCCGCGGCGGUGUUGGCAGGUUGGAUCCGUUUUCCGGCAGUUUGCUGAUGUCUCCGCCGUGGACGCCUACGAGCUCGGCCAGCUUUCACGGCGGCGGCUUGUGA